AUGGCCCAGAAGCAAACGGAAUUGGGAGCUCCCGAGACUACUGAAGUCUCGUCAGCGGCGGUGCCAGACCCUCCAGAUGGAGGUGCGGCCGCAUGGACCCAGGCUGUGAUGGGGCACCUUGUGUCGUUCAAUACCUGGGGCUACAUCGCCAGCUUUGGUGUAUUCCAAGCUUACUAUCAAUCUGAGCUUGGCGUCUCACCUUCCGCAAUUUCUUGGGUGGGAUCGGUGCAAGUCUUUCUCAUUUUCUUUGUGGGGACUUUCUCUGGCCGGGCAUUAGAUGCCGGCCUUUUCCGCCAGACAUUCUAUGCCGGGGUGGUAUUACAGCUGCUGGGGGUCUUCAUGACAUCCCUUGCGACACGUUAUUGGCAGCUUUUUCUCGCGCAGGGGAUCUGCACCGGCCUUGGAAGUGGCCUGCAGUUUUGUCCCGUAAUGGGACUGGUGGCUACCUACUUCUCCAGCCGCAGAGUCUUCGCCUUAGCAUUUAGCCUUGUCGGCAGCGGCACGGGUGGUAUGCUGUUCCCCGGACUGGUCAAAGCCCUGAUACCGACGAUCGGAUUCGCAUGGACAGUUCGGGUGCUAGGCUUCGUCAUGCUGGCCACGAGCGUUCCAGCCAUCUUGCUGCUCCGGCCACGGCUGCCCCCGCGUAGAUCGGGACCUUUGGUGGACUGGAUCGCCUUCAAAGAACCCACCUACGUCCUCUUCAUUCUUGGCAUGUUUCUGAACUUUUGGGGUUUGUAUUUUGCCUUCUACUACGUGGGGGCCUUCGGGCGCACGAAUGUCGGCUUGACCUAUUCGGACUCGACAAAUCUGAUUAUUGUGACAAAUGGCGCAGGCAUCCUGGGCCGCCUGAUCCCUGCCUACCUUGCCGAUCGUUACUUUGGUCCUCUCAACACGAUUAUACCGUUAACCUUGGGAGCAAGUCUGAUGAUGUUCUGCUGGUCGGCGGUGUACUCGGCAGCGGGUCUUUAUUCCUUUGCCGUCCUGUAUGGUAUUUUCUCCAAUGGUGUUCAAGGCCUCUGGCCUUCAACCCUUUCCAGCCUGACUCCAGAUUUGAGCAAAACGGGCGUCCGCAUUGGCAUGGGUUUCACCGUGGUCAGCUUUGCUUGCUUAACGGGUCCUCCACUUGGCGGCGCUCUUAUUGCAAGAGCUCAUGGUUACAUUGGCGCGCAGAUUUGGGGCGGAUUGACGUUUCUUCUGGGCGCCGUCAUCCUCGUCUUUGCCCGAUUCCUGAAGACUGGAACAACUAUGAAGGCCAAGAUUUAA